CCGCCGCCGCCGCCGCACCAUGACCGCUCUGAGCGCUGGUGUCACAGACUGCCGUCUUGUGCUCCCUCACCAGAGCUAACUCCAGCAUGCUCAAAAGGAAACAGAGCUCCAGGGUGGAAGCCCAGCCGGUGACCGACUUCGGUCCUGAUGAGUCUUUGUCAGACAACGCUGACAUACUCUGGAUUAACAAGCCAUGGGUUCACUCUUUGCUGCGCAUCUGUGCCAUCAUCAGCGUCAUCUCUGUCUGUAUGAACACACCCAUGACGUUCGAACACUAUCCUCCUCUUCAGUAUGUGACCUUUACUCUGGAUACUUUAUUGAUGUUUCUCUACACAGCAGAGAUGAUUGCCAAAAUGCACAUCCGGGGGAUUGUCAAGGGGGAUACUGCCUACUUAAGAGAUCGCUGGUGUGUUUUUGAUGGAGUUAUGGUCGUUUUCCUUUGGGUUUCACUGGUGUUGCAGGUAUUUGAAAUUGCUGAUAUAGUUGAUCAGAUGUCACCUUGGGGCAUGUUGCGGAUCCCAAGGCCACUAAUUAUGAUCCGAGCAUUCCGAAUUUAUUUCCGAUUUGAACUACCGAGGACCAGAAUUACGAAUAUUCUAAAGCGAUCAGGAGAACAAAUAUGGAGUGUUUCAAUUUUCUUACUUUUCUUUCUGCUUCUUUAUGGAAUUUUAGGAGUUCAAAUGUUUGGAACAUUUACCUAUCACUGUGUGGUAAAUGACACAAGACCAGGAAAUGUGACCUGGAAUAGUUUAGCUAUUCCAGAUACACACUGCUCACCAGAGCUAGAAGAAGGCUACCAGUGCCCACCAGGAUUUAAAUGCAUGGACCUUGAAGAUCUGGGACUUAGCAGGCAAGAGCUGGGCUACAGUGGCUUUAAUGAGAUAGGCACCAGUAUCUUCACAGUCUAUGAGGCCGCCUCCCAGGAGGGCUGGGUAUUCCUCAUGUACAGAGCAAUUGACAGCUUUCCCCGCUGGCGUUCGUACUUCUAUUUCAUCACUCUCAUAUUCUUCCUUGCAUGGCUUGUGAAGAAUGUGUUUAUCGCUGUCAUCAUUGAAACGUUUGCAGAAAUCAGGGUACAGUUUCAGCAAAUGUGGGGGUCAAGAAGCAGUACUACUUCAACAGCCACCACCCAGAUGUUUCACGAAGACGCUGCUGGCGGAUGGCAGCUGGUAGCUGUGGAUGUCAACAAGCCUCAGGGACGCGCCCCAGCCUGCCUCCAGCAAAUGAUGCGGUCAUCAGUUUUCCACAUGUUCAUCCUGAGCAUGGUGACGGUGGAUGUGAUAGUGGCUGCUAGCAACUAUCACAAAGGAGAGAGCUUCCGAAGGCAAUAUGAUGAGUUCUAUCUUGCAGAGGUGGCUUUUACCGUACUUUUUGACUUGGAAGCACUUCUGAAGAUAUGGUGUUUGGGAUUUACUGGAUAUAUUAGCUCAUCUCUCCACAAAUUUGAGCUAUUACUUGUGAUUGGAACUACUCUUCAUGUAUAUCCAGAUCUUUAUCAUUCUCAAUUCACAUACUUUCAGGUUCUUCGAGUGGUUCGGCUUAUUAAGAUUUCACCUGCGUUAGAAGACUUCGUGUACAAGAUCUUUGGUCCUGGGAAAAAGCUUGGGAGUUUGGUUGUAUUUACUGCCAGCCUCUUGAUUGUUAUGUCAGCAAUUAGUUUGCAGAUGUUCUGCUUUGUCGAAGAACUGGACAGAUUUACAACGUUUCCAAGGGCAUUUAUGUCCAUGUUCCAGAUCCUUACCCAGGAAGGAUGGGUAGACGUAAUGGACCAAACUCUAAAUGCUGUGGGACACAUGUGGGCACCUGUGGUUGCCAUCUAUUUCAUUCUCUAUCAUCUUUUUGCCACUCUGAUCCUCCUGAGUUUGUUUGUUGCUGUUAUUUUGGACAACUUAGAACUUGAUGAAGAUCUAAAGAAGCUUAAACAAUUAAAGCAAAGUGAAGCAAAUGCAGACACCAAAGAAAAACUUCCUCUGCGUCUUCGAAUCUUUGAGAAAUUUCCAAACAGACCGCAGAUGGUGAAAAUCUCAAAGCUUCCUUCCGAUUUUACAGUUCCCAAAAUCAG